CCUGCUAGGAUGGGAUAGCUCCUACGAACUGUCGAAAGAAGUUCUUUUUGUCUUUUUUACUGAAGGAAUAGGUUUUUGACUGGAAGAACUUCAUGUUUCUUCCUGAACAAAUCGGUGUUUCUCCACGAGAACUUCGUGUUUUGUUCUGAGAAAAAAACGCAGAUAUUGUGCAAAAAUUAUUCGAUGUAUUCGAACAUGGUUCGGUAAGGUAUCGAGUACUUGAAUCCUUCUCUGUCUUAUAUGGCUUCACUUUCGUCUUUCAGAGUAAAACAUUCAGUGCAUUGGUACCAGACGACGUACAUUCAUUAUUAAAUUUGAAACAUUUUGGAACAUUGACUUUUCCCAAAACUACGGCUAUUAAACCGUCAGAUCAUUUCCAGAAAUAAUUAGUGUUAAUAAAAAGACGAUGGAAUUUAUCCGUAAGUGAAAAAUUUGCAUUGCUGUAGGAUAUAUUUGGCGUUUAAAUUAUCUAGUGCAUUGAAGAGUCUAAUAUAUACUGAGUCUCUGCUCUUUUUAGUUGGAAAAUGCUCGACGUACAUUAAUUGAUACAUAUCUGCUCGAAGCAGCAGACUAUGGUUAUAAUGAAAACACGUACAGUGAAGAAAAUAAUACAUUAUCAAUAUAUCCAGAAUAUCAUGUUAGCAGGACAACUAUUCGAGGAGAUCUUGAACUUUUUGGAUCGAUAGAUUAUGUUGCAGCAAAACGAGCUGAAAAUGAUUGUGUUGCUUUGCAUGACGGAAAUAGCUCCGCAGUAUCACCAUUAUUUUGCUCAGUAAAAGCGAAGAGAGAUGAGAUGUUUGCGGAUGGAUCAGAUGAAUGUCUAGGUCAAAUGAUGGCAUUAUUCAAAAAACAUAAGUGA